GUGUGUCGCUGACGGGGUUGGAACCCGAAAGAGUCUAUUUCUGCCUCCACUUUGCGCCGCCUGCGUUGAGUGUCGCGUGACCGAGCCCGUGCGGGAGAUCACCUAAGGCGGCCGUCCGUCCGUCGUCUGCUGUAGGCGAGACUGGGCGCUGUUUGUGGAAACAUGAAGCUUUUGAGCGCCACGUUCCUCCUUAUGAUCCACAUCGGCUGCACCUUCGCUGCGGUGCUGGUCUCAGAUCAUAGAAACGACGAGCCCAUAGUUGGUGUUCUGGCUCAGGAGCUGUCCUCUUCCAGACAUUCCGGAAGUUCCUACAUCGCUGCCUCUUAUGUCAAAUACCUGGAGAUGGCCGGAGCAAGAGUGGUGCCUGUGAAAAUAAAUCUGACCAAAAAGGAAUAUGAGUCACUCUUCAACUCCAUCAAUGGGCUAUUAAUUCCUGGCGGUGGAGCUAAUUUAAUAUCUUCAGGUUAUGCUAAGGCUGCAAAGAUCUUCUAUGAACUUGCUGUGAAGGCUAAUUCCCAAGGGGACUACUUCCCAAUUUGGGGUACGUGCUUGGGGUUUGAGGAGCUCUCGUAUUUGACCAGCAAGAAGUUUCUCCUGAGUAAAACGAACACCACCGGUCUUGCACUUCCGUUGAUCUUUACUAACGGAUCUAGAGAGAGCAGGAUGUUCAAAGGCUUUCCCGAAGACGUCCUGCGUUCUCUCGCCUCCGAGCCCAUAACAGAAAAUUCCCAUGAGUGGAGUCUCACUCUUGAGAGUUUCAACAACAACAAGGAACUGAGAAAUUUCUACGAUGUGUUGACCACUAACAUGGACGGGAAUGUGGAGUUUGUGUCAACCAUUGAAGCGAAGGAGUUCCCGUUUUACGGAACUCAGUGGCACCCGGAGAAGAAUGCCUAUGAGUGGACGAAGCCUUACAUCCCGCACUCGCCAUCGGCCAUCAAGAUGAUGUUUUUCAUGGCAGACUUCUUUGUCAACGAAGCAAGGAAAAGCUUUCAUCGUUUCUCAAGUGAGAAGGAAAAAGCAGAGAGUCUCAUUUACAACUACAGUCCUGUCUAUACAGGGAAAAACCCAGGUUCUACAUUUGAACAAAUUUAUAUUUUUACAUGAGCUUUUAAAUUUAAAGCAAGGUGUGUGUGUAUAAUUUACCUCAGGGCAGCAGGUAAUGUAAUGGUGAGUCGUCGCUUUGUAAAGUCCUGACUUUGAAUCCGCAUUCCUGCUGUACUACCCUUGGGCAAGGUACUUACCCUGAACUGAUACAGUAAGAAUACC